GGAAGUCGCUUUAUCACGGACUGGCAUUGCAAUUUUUUGCUUCUUGCUCCGACCGGAUGCCAUGGCUAACCAGCUGGCAUACAGGCCAGAGACACCCCCACACCCCGACCGCCUGUGGCUCUGGGAGAAGCACGUGUACUUGGAUGAAUUUCGUCGCAGCUGGUUGCCGAUAGUCAUCAAGAGUAACGGAAAAUUCCAGGUGAUCAUGCGACAGAAAGAUGUCAUCUUGGGGGAUUCCAUGACCCCAAGUCAGCUGGUGCCGUAUGAGCUGCCUUUAAUGUGGCAGCUAUACCCUGAGGAAAGGUACCGAAGCAGUAACUCCGAGUUCUGGCAGAUAGUGUACCACAUCAAGUUCAAAGAUGAUGAGGACAUGCUACUUGAACUGUUGGACUCUGAGUAACGUUGAGACAUGGCCCUGCAGCUCCUGUCUCCCUUGCCCAGGCCUGAGCCCACAGGGGAGAUGCUGGUACUUACAUUUGCUCUGUUGGCUAGGCAUGUUCUUUCUCCUCCACACUGGGCUCCAAGAAGAAAAGUCCAUCCAGAGGCUGCCCCUUCCCAUGUUCCUGUCGCCCGCUCUGCUGCCUUGGUUGGCCCUUCCACUCUACCGGCUCCCUGGCAAGGGGUUCAGGGAAGAUCCCCAUUCUCCUCACCUCCUCUAGGUGCCCAGUGGUGUCUGCACCUCUGAUCUUCUCAGCUGAUUGAUUUUUUUUUUCUGCCUUUCCCUUUUGCCUCUCAAGACAACUAGUGUCUGGCUUGCCAGUUUGCCUUCCCAAGGGGCCCUCAGUUGUACAUAUGCCAUGAGGGACGAGACCAAGUCAUUUGAAUCCGGCAGACCCCAGGUCCGCCAUCUCUCAAGGUGUGCUGUGGCGCCUGUACCCACCUGGCCUGUGAACCGUCACCUACCCAACAAAUGCAGACGUGGUUGGAAAGCAGUUUAAGACCAGAGAGCUCCAUUUCCCUGUCGUAGAACCCGGGUGCUUGCAGCCAGGGAUAUGCAAACCUCACUAGAGCAGGAGGCCAGGGAAUGGAGCUGAUUUAGAUGAGCCCUUAGCUUGCCCACUCUUGGCCUCUCUCCCUUGGUGUUCAGAUACUGUAUUGAAUAUAAGCACUUCCUGUUAACCGAUUAAAUAUCUCACUCACCUAAGUUGGGCCGAACUGGCUUCUAUCCUUGACCAAGAUGCCAAGAAAUAAGAGAGAAGACUGCUCUGGGUUCUCCCAGAGAAGCCGUGGUCUUCCAGUAAGAAUGUUGAAAGGGAAUGUGUGGGAUUUUAUAUGUUUCUAUUUUAGAGAUAAGGCCAGACUUAAUAAAGCUUUAUAGAACUCU